AUGCAUACUUCGUUUCAACAUUCUGCGGGUCGCAACUAUCCAGCGGUUCAUGAUCUGGAUAAUGAUGAAUUUCAACUGGGUCGGGUCAAUAUUAACACUGCCGGGUCGACUGGGACAGGGCCCGUAAAAAUGACGGACUGGUCACACCACUAUGCGAUUCACUCCUCUGAGGCUGAACUGGAACAAGUCAAUACCUCGAGAAAAAGUCUUGGCAUGCUGGCAAAAGAAUUCGAAAAAAGAAAAUUCUUCAAAGCAUCUGGAAGAGGCAUGACCUACCAAAAACGUCAAGCGCUGAGAUAA